CAGGCGGUGCCUUCCGGCCUCCCGCACGCCAGGCAUGGAGCUGCCUGCUGUCCCGGGACUCCCGCAGCUGCUGCUGCUAAUGCUGGUGGCGCUCCAGCUCUCGGCCGGGAACUGCCCGUGCUCGGACGCCGCUCUCUGCCGACCGAUCCGCCAUCGCCCCGACUUCGAGGUCUUUAUAUUUGAUGUUGGACAGAAAACUUGGAAAUCUUAUGACUGGUCACAGAUUACAACUGUGGCAGUUUUUGGAAAAUAUGACCCAGAACUUAUGUGUUACGCUCAUUCCAAAGGAGCCAGAGUAGUGCUAAAAGGUGAUGUCUCCCUGAAGGACAUCAUUGAUCCUACCUUCAGAGCAUCGUGGAUAGCUCAAAAAGUUAAUUUGGCCAAAAUACAAUAUAUGGAUGGAAUUAAUAUAGACAUAGAACAAGAAGUUAAUUGCUCAUCACCUGAAUAUGAAGCAUUGACAGCUUUGGUCAGAGAAACCACCGAACGUUUCCAUCGUGAGAUCGUGGGAUCACAGGUAACCUUUGAUGUGGCUUGGUCUCCAAAGAACAUAGACAAAAGGUGCUAUAAUUACACAGGAAUUGCGGGUGCCUGUGAUUUUCUCUUCGUUAUGUCUUACGAUGAGCAAAGUCAGAUCUGGUCAGAAUGUAUUGCAGCAGCCAAUGCUCCCUAUAAUCAGACAUUAGCUGGAUAUAUUGACUACAUCAAGAUGGGAAUUAGCCCUAAGAAACUCAUAAUGGGUAUUCCCUGGUAUGGUUAUGAUUAUAUCUGCUUGAAUAUAUCAGAGGAUGACGUCUGCACCAUUGCAAAGGUCCCUUUUCGAGGGGCUCCUUGCAGCGAUGCUGCAGGACGUCAGGUGCCCUACAAACUGAUCAUGAAGCAAGUAAAUAGUUCUGUUUCUGGAAGCCAGUGGGAUGAGGACCAGCAAGCUCCCUAUUAUAACUACAAGGAUCCCGCUGGCCGCUUUCAUCAAGUGUGGUAUGAUAACCCCCAGAGCAUUUCACUAAAGGCAGCAUAUGUCAAAAACUAUGGCUUGCGGGGCAUUGGCAUGUGGAAUGCAAACUGUCUUGAUUACUCAGAAGACACUCUAGCCAGAGAGCAAACAAAAGCAAUGUGGGGAGCCUUAAAACCAUGGUUGUGAUUGGAGAGAGAGGAGCAUCUUUUGUCAGACUAUUAGAUUUUGCAAGAAUGAGUUGUAUAAGUGAGUCUAAUUUCAUGCAAAGAUAAAAAUGUAUAUUUUUUUCAUGUUGUCAUAACUUACCUAUUGGUAUACUCAAAAAACAGGUAAGAAAUAAAUUUUUAUUUGAACAUAAAAGAUACUUAAAUACUUCUCUAUGUUUCAAUAUUAUAAUUUAGUUAGGAAAACUGCUUUCAAAAUUUCAUGCUGAAUUUUCUCUCCUGGUAUAAAAAUCAUUACUGAUUUUAAAAAUAUGUGUAACUACUAGACAAAAGAGUAAUGUGGUGGGGAAUGAAUAUGAUCAAGUGAGGUUAUAUACAUAUAUAAAAUAUCAGAAUGAAGCCCAUUAUUUUUUACAAUUAUUACGUGCUAAUAAAAAAUUGACAAGAACUCUGUAACUUGAAAUGGAAAUUAAGGCCUAGUCUUUAAGAAGCAGUUUAUGUUGAAUUUAUUUUCAACAAAUCUUAAAUUUAGAACCAGGAAUAUGGGUAUCUCUUCAGAUUCAUUAAAAUGAUUAGACAUGAUUUUUCUGCUUCUUAACUCCUCAUAGUACAUAUGAAUGCUUCAUGACAUACCCACAUUAGCAUCACUUAAUCCAUUAAGAGAGUGCAUGAGAUAAAAGUAUGCAUACAUAUUAAACGUGAGAAGAUAAUUUGGUAAUAUUAGAAGUACCUGCUGUGAGAUUUAUGUGUAAAAUUCUUGUAGUGAGAAGCAGCUGCUGUUGAACUUGAUUCUAUUCACUGUUUAUACUUGUAGUCAUUCAUGGUCCUUCACUUAUUAAUACUCAUUUCUUGCCUAGUUUUCUUGUUUUUCUUCGACAUUUGCAGUUUGCUUUUAAGCUACAUAAGAACAUUAUUCUUACUGUCUUUUUCUAAAAGAUCACUUUUGUGAAAAUAAAUUUCUAAA